UGAUGAUUUUGAUCAAAUUAAUUCAAUUGAUUUAUCAAAUAUUCAGUAUUGCUAAAUGGUAACUCUUAUGAAUUGAUCUUCUGUUAUUGUAAUAGCUCAGUCAUUCCUCUCUGCUAUUUUCAACACCUCAACCCACACCUCAAUGGAGGAAACUUCACAUGACAGUCGCGACCCCGAGUCCAGCUUCAUCCCCGCUACUAUCAACCACAGUCCCCUUCUCAAUGGAGAAUCAUAUAGCUGCUAUUCGCCAUGUCCCAAAUUAAUAACGCCAGCAAGUGUCACGGCAUCAUCAUUAAGCGAAGAGACAGAAUCGACACCAUGCGUUUUAGGCGUCGACGAAGCCGGUCGCGGACCGGUUUUGGGUCCCAUGGUCUAUAGCGCAUUCUACCUCCCCAAAGACUCGGAGAAAUCCCUUUUGACCGAGGAACAUAGCUUUGACGACAGCAAGGUGCUUACGCCCGAGGUUCGAAAAAACUUGAUGCAAGCAAUCUGCUCUCCCGACCACCCUCUCCAUGAUACCUGCGGUUGGGCAGUCAAGGUGCUUUCUGCCAAGGACAUAUCAGCGGGGAUGCUACGUCCUGGUCUUGGAGUCUAUAAUUUGAACGCGCAAGCUAUGGAUGCCACAAUUGAAAUCAUCAGAGGCGUCGUUGAGCAAAAACAUAUCAGUGUGAAGGAGGUCUAUAUAGAUACGAUUGGAAACCCAGCCACGUACCAGCAGAAACUCGAACGCAUAUUUCCCACUUUAAAGAUUACAGUUGCCAAGAAGGCAGACUCGUUAUAUCCCUGCGUGAGCGCUGCUAGUGUAGUCGCUAAGGUUACGAGAGAUAUCGCUCUCGAGGUGUGCUAUGAGGCUGUUCUUCAGGCGCGGGAUCCAGAAAGUGCGGGUUCCGUGGAGGGCUGGGGAAGUGGAUACCCCUCUGAUUCGAAGUGUGUUGGCUGGCUGCGAAGAGAUAUGGAUUCUUUAUUCGGCUGGGGGAAUGAGUGCCGGUUUAGCUGGGGUACAGCUAAGGAGAUGAUAGAAGGACGGGAUGCAGCCAAAGUGGAUUGGCCUAGUGAAGAAAAUGAGGAGGCUGGACUAUCUGAAUUUCUUCUUGGCCCGGGGCCUAAUACUUCUUCCAGGAAACAGAAUGAUCUUAGCAGCUGGUAUGGAUCUAAGAUUGGAGUCUCGUUUUAAUAUAAUAGUG